AUGAUUCCCGUCGGAGCCCUGACCUCCUCCUUCUCAUUGGAGGGUCACCCGGACCUCAAGAUCCUUCAGCCCUGGUGGGACGUGUUGUGCGACAUGCUCUCUGUGCCCAUGUUCAUGAUCGGCAUCUUUGCCGGGAUGCUGCAGAACAUGAACGAGCGCAUUCUGUGCGUGCCGGUGCCGAGAGGCUUCGACGUGGAUCUGAAGGAGUGGAACGAGACCGUCCUGAGGACGCUCGUGGCCAACCCCAGGGCUCACACGGUUGGCUUCGACCAGUACCAGUACCGGUUGAUCAACUAGUUCUGCUACGACAACCGGGUGCUGUGGAUCAGCAAGUACUUCCCGCAUCUCGUGGUGCUGCACACACUCAUCCUGACGGCCACCAGGAACUUCUGGUUCAGGUUCCCGGAGACGAGCUCCAAGAUCGAGCACUUUGUGUGCGUGCUGGGUAAGUGCAUGGACUCGCAGUGGACCACGCACGCCGUGCACGAAGCCGCACUGGACGGGUUGGCGUCAGCGGCGGCGCUGCAGCCGCCAGCGCCGCCCGCCACAGUGGGGAGCUGCAGCGACCCGAGAUCCGACGAACUCCCCGCCGUGGAGAAGCUGCCUUCGGAGUCUCCGCCGCCGCCGGCACCGCCGCGGCCCUCCGUCCGAUUCGUCGACCCCGGCGAGGCCGCCACGCCCCUCGACCGGCCCCCCCCGGAGCAGAACGAGGGCCGGCGGACGCCGCUCAAGGAGUACAGCUUCGCGGAGGCGCGCCAGGAGACGGGGGUGGAGGACAUUCCGGACGUGCGCAACGACUUUGCCUUCCUCCUGCACCUGGUGGACAAGUACGACCCCUGCUACGCGUGCAAGUUCUCUGUCUUCCUGUCCGAGGUGAGUGAAAAUAAGCUGAGGCAGGUGAACGUGGACCAAGCGUGGACCCUGUCGCAUCUGACGGGGCUGCUGGUGCUGACGCUGGACUCGAUGCACGGGGUGACGCUGGGGGCGGCGGUGGUGCAGAUGGUGAAUCUGCACAAGCUGCGGCUGCUGAACUGCACCGUGGGCGUCGACAAUCGCGCACUCGCCUUCCUCAGCGAGGAUCUGCACCAGCUGGAGGUGAAGUUUGCAAUCAAGGCGGAGGUCCCGGGCUGGCUGCGUGAAAUGCGCCACCUGGAGGAGCUGUCCCUGGAGGGGCCCCUGACGCCGGCGCUCCUCAAGCCGCUGGGCGACCUCAGGCGCCUGCAGGGCCUGCGCCUGACCACCAGCGUCGCCCGCCUCCCGCCCGGCCUGGCCUCCGGCGCCGCCGGCGGCCUGCGCUCGUUCGCCCUCGACAACGGCGGCGCGCGCCUCGAGUCGCUGGCGCCCCUGAGCAAGCUGUGCGGCUUGGAGACGCUGCGGCUGACGCGCUGCGGCCUGGAGCCCGCCGAGCUCGCGCGGCCCCUGCUGGCGCUGGGACGCCUCAGCGAACUCGACCUCUCCCGCAACGGCCUCCGCUCGCCGGGAGACGGCGACGACGACGCGGCGAUGUUGCCGGCGGCCGCCUGCAAGCGCCUCGCCAUCCUGCGUCUCUCGGACAACGCCCUCGCGAGCGUCCCGCGCUUGGCGGCCGCGGCGGCGCUGCGCUCGCUCUUCCUCGACGGGAACCUCAUCGGGGGCGAGCUGCCCGCCGGGCUGUUCCGCCUGCACGGCCUGCAGGUGCUAGACCUGAGCAGCAACACCAUCGUCACCCUGCCGCCCGAGGUGCGCCAGCUGACUCGGCUGAGCACCCUCCGCCUGUCGGGCAACGCCCUGCAGAGUCUGCCCGACGAGUUGUUCGGCUGCGAGGGGCUGCGGACGCUGGCGCUCGCCAACAACGAGCUGCGCGAGUUGAGCGGCCUGGUGGGGAGGCUGUCGAGGCUGCGCCGCUUGGAGCUGGCCGGGAACCGGCUGACGGAGCUGCCGGCCGAGCUGGGGGAGUGCGCGGAGCUGAGGCGCGGGGGGCUGCUGGUGGAGGCGGAGCUGUUCGAGUCGCUGCCGGCGCAGGUGAAGGAGGCGAUGCGGGGCGAGCACAGCGGCGCGGCGACGCAGAGCCCCCCUGGGAGCCGGGAGAGAAGCACAAGGAACUGAGAGAGAAACCCAAGAAAGUGAGAACCCCCAAGACACCGAGAGACUUUCACCGGUAAUUACAACCGGCAUUGGCAACUCCAGCUAUACAGCAGUAGGCAGCGUCAGGGUCGGGGUCGAAGCCACGGCCUCCUGUAUAACAGGUGAGGUAGUU